GAACCUUGUGGAAGAUUUCAAGGCGAAGACCAAGAAGGCUUUGAAGAAAGGUUCAUUAAUGAAUUCAUAGGUAACAUUUGAAUGCCUAGUUUUUUUUAGCUAAAUCCCAUGUACUAUAAUGCUCUUGAUAAUAAAUUAUGCUGGGAGGGUUAUUUUAUAAUAAGGGUCCACAUGCUAUAAUACAAGCUUACUACCCUGUGAGUGGUUAGUUUCCAAGCUUACAGUAUUUAAAAUAAAGUGAUGUUCAUGUAGCAUCUGUUCCAGCUCAAAUUGGCCUGAGGGGGAAGCGAUGGCCUUUGUUCCACCUCUGACUUCAUCACCUUUGCCCAAAUAAGGCAUCAUGUAUACUCAAACUCUUCAGAAGGAAAAGGCCUUGCUAGUAAUACUUAAAGCAGAUAUCUUUAUCUUAGAGGAUAACUGCUGUUUUUUAUUUGGUCCGUGUAAAACACAGAUGGUGCCCUCCAGACCAGAGUAAGGGGUAAAUUCCACACCGAGGGUAAACUGUAACACUGACAAUAUUAUACUUCUGAAAUCACUUAAUUGUUAGCUCCCUUUAAUAUCAUUCACAUUUGAAUUUAGGGCUUACCCUCAUGAAAAUUUUCAGCAUCCACAUGUUUCACAACUGAUCACACAUUUUCACCAACUUUUGGGGACUUCUUUAAUGACUCCAGCUCUAUGGUUUAGAUGCCAUAAAGAGCUGAUUUAAGGGGACUUUUUUCUUGGGACCUCAAAAUGUCCCCACUAACUGAACAGACCCCACAGUUCUGAUGUGUUUCCAUAUCCUUGUCCCCGUAAGUAGGCUGGUGUGAAUGCAUACAAACGAAAUAUUAAAUUCUUUCCUGACACAUAUUUGGUCAUUAAUGUCCUACAUAUAAAAUGUAGCAAUCACAUUUUAAAGGUUCUCUUCGUUUGUAAGCCAGAUAUGCUAACAAAUUGAAUGGUUUUCCCUGGUUAACAAUAAUUAUGUGUCCAAUGAAGACAGAUUACAACACUAUUGCCCCUAUCAGAUGUCAUCUGAAUAAAACAAUUUUUUAAUGGUGUUUGCAACGUGCCAAUGGUUGCUAUAACAAUGGUACAGUGCUGCUAAAAGAUCCGUUAAAGCUCUGAGUUUUUCAAAAGCAACUUAAAAAUCAAUUCAGUGACCUAGCAUUUUUUUUUUAAAUAUUAUUUAGAAAAACCCAUCAAAUUCUCUAGAUAGUCUAAUACAUGAUAGGAGAAAAAACAAUACUGUAGAACUUGAUUUACUUACUAGGAAAGAGCUGUAGGAAUCGAAGUCUACACUAUAGAAUUUUUAGAAUUUUCUUAGUUUAUGAAUGCGAAAUAACAAAUCUUAUUUGCAUACAAAAAUAUCAGGGUGGGUCGCACCAAGCUCACUUUUGACAUUCAAGCUUUAUUUCUGGUUAUCGCAAUUUACACUCACAUUUCUGUUUCUGGUGUUGUGUUUUGAAGAAUUAAUGGCUGACUUGACAGCUCAUCCUCACGAGCGAAAAGCUUCACACGUUCUUAUUCAGAGAACAUGUACAAGAGCAUUUCAGAAAUUGGAUUUCACAUUGUUCUAUAAAGUUAUGAUGUGCAAACAUUCCAGAAGAUAAUCAUUGCUUGAGAUUCAGACUGCUUCCUGUGAUGACUGUUGGAAAUGUCAAAGUAUUAUGGAGAGAAUUCUCUUGUUGGAUGCCACUUUUAAGGAAACUGAUUUAUUGAUCCAGACAUGUUGAUUAGUAGUUGUUACACUGGUGCCAAAUCGCCAAUGCUUGUUCUCUGUACAAUCCAUUCAGAUCAUAUAUACCGAUAUUUUUCAUAAAGAGCUUGGAGUGUGUUAUAUAGAAAAGAUUAGCAUGUGCCAUUUUCUGGAUCAAUUAUGUUAAAUUUACUUGAGGAGGCCAUAUUUACAACUUGCACAUGAAUGCCAUUGUGCGUGGUAUUGCAUGAUUUUCUUAUACAUGUAGGUAAUAAUUUUGCUUGCGUGCAUCUUGGGAUCCAUUCUCAGCACUGCCAAAAACCCUUUUGAGUCUCCAGAGCUGCAGAAGGAUUUAAUCUGCACCAGUUUCACUCAUUGAAACAGAUUAAAAAGUUGUGACCAUGGAAUUUAUCUAUUUAUCACCAGGCGAGCCAAAACCCAGUGUGACCAGCCUUUGUGACUUUCCUUUAAUUUUGAUAGCAAUAUUAAUUAAUGCAUGUAGCCAAUCUGUAAGUAGUCUGUAUUUUGUACCUCAGUCUGCAUUUUACCACUGGCCAGUGACUGCAGUCUGCAGUUUGCAUUUGAAUGGUGAGCAAUUUUCCAUCCCUGCAGGCUAGGCUCCAUGGUAAGAUUGUCCCAAACUACUGAUGCUCUCUUGGAAAAUAAUUUUUUAACUGAAAACAAAGAAAUCCAGUGGAAGGCCAACAAAUGUAGCUAUUUACGAUUAUACAGCUAUGUUAUUUUAGGUUUAAUUUUCCCUACAUUAUUUUCUGUAACAAUGCAUUUCUAUAACGUCACUGUAAGUUUCAAAUCGAUCAUUGUUCAAGCUUCUGUAUUGUCCACAUGCACACUUUUUGUUACAUGUAGAUAAUUAUAAAUCUUGUAUAAUUAUAUUUAUUAUGUUGUUGUUUCUUUAGGGAGAGGCGUGUUCACAACAAAAACGUUUUCCAAAGAUGAUUUUCUUCUAGUCUACAAAGGAGAACUUGUUACAGCAGAUGAAGGAUAUCGCAGAGAAGACUCGUAUCAUCCAGACUUGGGAAGCUUCCUCUUUUUUUUUAAAGAUGGUAUCAAGUGCUUUUGGUAA